AUGCCUUGUUGUCAGGUCGUCUUCUUCACCGACCCUGAGUCCUCUCCACCCUCGGGCACGAGAACAGCUUCGUCUCAUCCUCUGCUCACCGUCGCCGUUCUGUCUCUACCCUCGGCCUGCUCGGUCCUAUCAACCGAACGCCCGCCCACCCUCCCUCCCUCCCUCCUCCAGUCCGUCUGCUUGGCCGACCUCGACAUCUCCAACCUGCGCUACCUGCCGCUUCAAUCCGUCUUCCCAGCCUCCUUCCCACCCGUCGCCAGCUCUCACUACCCUCUUGUCGGAUCGCUUGUUCCCUCCGCGCCCACGCAUCCGAUCCCUGAUUGGACGAAUACCGGACCACAAUCCCUCCUGCCCACCAACCAGCCAUUCAGCCAU